AUGUCGUCUACUUGUCCUAGCAGCAACCUAAACAACCUCAGAAGCAUCUCCAUCACGGCCCCUCUUCCCAGCAACAGCCCAAAUUUGAACCUCAGCAGCAUCACCAACACCAUGUCUGGUUCUACCAACGGCCCUGGCACAGAGGGAGAGAUGGCUCCAGCGCCUAUGUACGCCGUUGAGAUCUUGAUAGCCAGUCAUCAGGAGCUCAAAGUGGAGAAUGACAGACUUCGCAUUGAGAAUGCCAAAUUGAAGGCGGAAUUGGUCCAAAAGGGAAAUCAAAUACCUGCGCAGUUUAUUGGUACCAGCUACCUCGGGACAAAGCGCAAAGUCGAAGAGGAAAUGUACGCCACCGACCAACUCGGAAACAAGAGGCUCCGCACUACUGACUCGAUGGCAUUCGAGGGCCUUUCCGAUGGAAACCUGGAUGGUGUUUGCUCUUUUGUUUCAACUGCCCAAAAUGAGGUACUGCGCGUGGCAGCAAAGGGUGGUUUGAUCAACCACCUUCAUUUUAAGAUCACCCCGCGGGGUAUUUUGGGGAUCACUCCCCUCGGAAUGGAGACAAUCGACCGCUUCCAUUGGUCCAAAACGGAGCCCCAGCUGAUCGAGGAUUGGGAAUCAACUCGAGGGGCGGAGUUUUCCAAGAAGGUCCGCGAGAUCAUCACUGAGAGUCGUUUCCAAGACCAUAGCCACCCCUCCCUCCACUACCUCGCCAAGCAACUUGAGGAUGGCAGAAACCUGUCAAUGGGCACUCUUCGCGACCAUUUGGCCUCUGUCGAAUCCGAAACGAAGGAUGAUGUGACGAGGCUCAACUUCUACAUCAACGAACUGAACAGGACCCACCUAACUGGGCGGCGAAAUAGAGUUGACAAAGAAGACCUCCUGGAAGUCUUGGGCCGCAUCUCCCCCUCACUGGUUGAUGGGUCUAUGAGGCCGUAUGUGAGGAUGAUCGAGGGAGAUCAGGGCCUUCGUAUGGCCUUCGCCUUCCUUGGUGAGCUGGAGAAGAUCACCAAAGGAUAUCGUGCACUUUACACAGCAAGUGCAAAUAUUGGGGACUCCAUCGAGUUCCCAACACAUCACUUUGCGCCUGCGGCGCCACGUAUUGACGAGUCAGACUCUGAGUAG